AUGAAAACAACUGCAGUAAAUUCUAUUUUUGUGUUGACGGAGACAAAGUGGAACGCGACUGUCCUCCGGGAACGCACUUCAAUCCGACCAUUCAGGUGUGUGAUUGGCCCGAAAAUGCUGGAUGCGCUGCUGUUGAUGGAGACGGUGGUGAAGAAGGUGGUGGAGACGGAGGCUGUGGAGGAGUUGGUGAUGGAGGUUGUGGGGGAGGCGGCGAUGGAGGCGGUGAUGGAGGCAGUGAUGGUGGCUGUGGAGGAGGCGGCGAUGGAGGUGUCGAUGGAGGUGGUGAUGGAGGCGGUAAUGGAGGCGGCGAUGGAGGCGGUGAUGGCGGCUGUGGGGGAGGCGGCGAUGGAAGCUGUGGGGGAGGCGCCGAAGAAGAUGAAGGCAGUGAAGGAGAAGGAGGAGGCGGCGGCGAUGGCCCAGGCAAAAACAAAUGUGAAGCAGGUUGCAAUGUCCUUCCUUGGCCCCACGAAACCGAUUGCGACAAAUUCUGGCGCUGCGACGGCUCAGAAGCUGUCU